AUGGUUUUGACGCGUCAGAUGCUGGCCGACAUGGAGAACGGGUUAAAUGGAGAGAACUCGCAGGGGACAGGAGCCUCUGGUCAGGGGCAGGAGGCGCCACAGGGUGCGACAGAAAAGGAAUCGGAGGCGGUCAGAAUUCGAAGGCUCGAACUAGAAUUUGAGUUGCGGAAAGCGCAACUUCAGAUUGAGUCCGAAGAGCGGAUCGCGUUGCGCAUGGCACAGCUAGGAAAGGAAAGUGGUCGACCUUCGUCCUCUGGGUCGGAAACAGACGACCAACGGCACGCAGGCUUAGACCCGGUUGCGCAAUGCGCAAAAGUUUUGAAAGGGUACAGCCUGCCAUGUGACGCGGACGUUCCUCUAUGGUUUGAUGAGGUGGAAAAAUUGUUUACCACGUACCAGGUGCCGGAUAGUGGUCGAGUACAUUUGAUUAUGCCGGUGCUAACGGAGCGUGUCCGCUACCUGCUGCGCAGUCUAGGGCAAGACGAUUGUUUAGAUUACGAGUCGGUAAAACGGGCGGUGCUGAGCGAACUGAAACUCACGCCAGCUGAGUACCUAGACAGGUUCGACAGUGCAGCCAAAAGAAAAGAUAAAACAUGGGCUCGGUUCGCCUCCCGUGUCCGAACCUACUUCACGUAUUACCUUCAGGUGAGAGGUGCGGACACGCAGGAGACAGUAACGGAGCUCAUGGUUGCUGAUCGGAUUAAGGCGAGCCUGAGUACCGAUGGUCUGGAGUAUGUUCGCCUUCGCGAGGGAGAAACUUGGUUAAAACCGGUCGAGGUGGCGAGGGUGUUACAGACUUAUGAGCAGGCAAAAGGGAAAGGGAGCGCCACAAAACAGGUGUACGUUCCAACAGAACAGUCAGGGACUGGACACAUUGCCAAGCACUGCCCUCGCGCUUCGGGUAGUGAGGUGCCUCAGGGCCUGGCAAAUGUUCCUCAACCGAAAGGGCAGACAGACAGAGUGUUAACCGCUCGGGUUGAGGUGAGGCGGUCGAUUUCGGAGACGGGCCGCUCGAAGCUACAAUUGGUUCAACUGGAGUGCGGUGACGUACACACCGAAGCAGUGCUCGACACGGGUACCGAAAUGACGGUAGUACGGGAGAGCCUGCUACCUCAAGCUUUGAGGGAACCGUCGGGCACAGUGAAGCUAGUGUCCGCUUUUGGCCACGCCAUUGAUGCCAAUCUUGCAACACUUCCAAUAAGGUUGAGCUGUCCAGGUGCGGUAGAAAAUCCAACUAAAGCCGACUUAGUGUGCGCGCUCACCAAUCAGCUGGCGGAAGGGGUGAACUGUUUGCUUGCUUGCGAAGAUUGGGAACUGUUGAAAGCUAGGAGCGGUAAGGUCCAAGUGCAACAGGGAGGUACAGCGGCCUAUCCAUGUGAAGUUGAAGAACAGAACGUCGGAAGAGAUGAAGACAGCGAAGCACUGACUUGUGGGGUUGGCUAG